AUGGGAGAGGUAUCGGCAACAAGGUAUGCAAACCGCGGCACCCCGCAAGGCGGUGUCCUCUCCCCACUCCUGUGGAAUCUAACGGUGAAUACUCUGCUGUCGCAGCUACAGAGCACAGGCUGUCAGGUAGUUGCCUACGCUGAUGAUCUGGCCCUGACGGCGGUAGGUAAGCACCCCCAAAUUCUAUGUGAUCUGGUCCAAGGCGCCUUAGGCGUUGUGGAAACCUGGUCCAAGAAAUCUGGCCUUAGUGUCAAUCCAGGGAAAACAGUCAUGGUUCUUUUCACAAAGAAAAUUAAAACUGUCCAGGUGCAACUUCCUUUCUUGAACGGUGUUACCCUAGCCCUCUCGGAGGAAGUUAGGUACCUGGGCGUUGUAUUGGACAGAAAGCUAACUUGGCGGCGCAAUGUUGAAGAGCGUGGCAAGAAGGCUUUAACUGCCCUGUAUGCCUGUAAAUCAGCAAUACGAAAAAAGUGGGGCUUAAAGCCGCACAUCGUGAGCUGGAUGUACACAGCAGUGGUGCCUCCCAUUCUAUUCUAUGGUAUCACGGUCUGGUGGCCAUCCGUGGACAAACUUACAAUCAAAAGCAGAUUAACAAAGGUUCAAAGGGUGGCGUGCAUGAUGAUCACGGGGGCGUUGCCCUCAACGCCGACUAAAGCCCUAGAGACUUUGCUCCAUUUUCUACCUGUGGACCUAUAUGGCAAACUGCAGGCAAGCUGUAAUGCUGUUAGAUUAAACCCGCUGAUCAAGUGGAGUGAUACAAGAUUUGGAUACUCUAGAAUUUUGGAAAAUCUUCCAGGAAACUUCAGGCGCCUUGACUACACAGUCCCGCCUACUGGACUAAAGAAUCACUUCCAAACAAGGAUCCCCUCAAGGGGUGAGUUGGAGGAGGAUUCAAUCCUGAUCUCUUACUCUGACUCAGCAGCCAUCUACACCGAUGGCUCCAAGCUAGAUCUGAAGGUAGGAAGUGGGAUAUAUUCGCAGGAACUCUCACUUAGCCUCAGUUUCCGUCUGCCAGAUUACUGUAGCGUGUUUCAGGCUGAAGUAACAGCAAUCUACGAAGCUGCUAGAUGGCUGAUCGAUUCUCCUACUAAUCUGCAUGCAGUAACUAUUUUUUCUGAUAGCCAGGCAGCUAUCCAAGCACUUAAUUGUGACAAAUCUUCAUCGAAGAUUGUCAUGGAAUGUAGACGUACUCUAAAUGAGCUGGCAAGGAGUCACUUUACUCGAGUUGUAUGGGUACCAGGUCAUAGGGAAAUACCGGGCAACUGUGUUGCGGACGAGCUGGCUCGGAAAGGAACCCUACUGCCUGCGAUCAGUACCGCUCGUAAUGCGAGUAUUCCGCCAUCCUUUACGGUAAAAUCGCAAAUAGGUGUCGGAUUUUCAUUGAGGCCUUUGAAUUUACACGAGGAUUCCAUUAUGUUGAUUUCGUAUCCGGGCGAACUGUUCAUGCGCGUUUUGAAGCUAAUGAUUUUGCCAUUGAUCAUAUCAAGUUUGAUCGCCGGAUCAGCCAGUUUGAAUGCACGAAUGAAUGGAAAAAUUGCACUCCGUACUUUGGUAUAUUUUGUUACUACUUCGUUCCUGAAUGCUCUGCUGGGUAUUGCUUUGGUGUUGCUAAUUCAUCCCGGUGAUCCAAACCUUCAUAACACCGUCGAUCGCUCUACAGAUAAGAGGGCUGUUAAUCUGCUGGACAGCCUUUUGGAUUUGGGAAGCACUAGCUACCAGGCUAUCGGCUAG